AAUGGUGCGGCAACACAUGUAGCCAGACAAUAAGACAAUGUACUAAAGAGUCAAAGCGGCCACUGUUUGUCAAAUUUAUAGCAAAAUUAUGUCUGCUACUCAUGACCACAACAAAGAAGACUUUUUUUCUCAUUUCCUAUUAAAUCCUCAUGAGAUUGACAUUGACAAAAUCCAUAGAUCGAGGAAAUGAUUGUGGGCAUCAACGCCAUGUAUGCUAUGUCCAUCACCAUUUUGGUCCUGCCCAUCAUCGGCUUGUAUGGCGUCUGCAAAGAGAAGAGAUGGGUGCUCAUUGUGUUCACAGUUGGAAUCAUCCUGUGCAGCCUGUUUGUCCUUUACUUGGCCGUCCACGUGCUGAUCUUGCGGCCGGUGAUCAUUAAGCUCAUGUCCAAAUUCUACCUGAGCAUGCAGCCAAUUAACAGCACCAGCGAGGUGGACAUGAAAAUCCUGACGGAGACCCAGAUCGAAUUGGAGUGCUGCGGAGUGCAACACGGCUAUGUGGAGUGGGGCUACAACAUCUCCGAGUCGUGCCUGUGCAAGGGCGCCGUGGAGGACUGCGUAAGUCGGAAA